AUGGCUCAGCAACAGCAACCAUACCUGGCUCCUCCUCAAGGAUCAGGCUCUCCAUCUCUCAGCGACGCGUCCUCAGUAACUCAACCAUUAUUUAGCAGCUUCGCAAAUAAGAGACCUCGACUGUCCCCUAACAAUUCUCAACCAAGUUCACCAUAUGCAUCUCAGUCGCCCUACUCUCAUCCGCCUCCAGCUCAGUCCACUCAUUCACCGCAUUUUGCCAACGUUUCUAUUCCUCCACAGGCAUACACCACUCCCUACUCUAAUGGUCACAACAACCCUAGCAUAAAUAUUUCUCAGGUGCACACAAACAAUCAAAAUGGUCAUCAGCACAGUUCAGCUCAUCCCACUAACAAGAAUAGCUUCUUACAGCAGCCAAGUUUCAAUAGUAAUUACACAAUGGGCUCUGGUACAAUGGGCCCACCUUCUAAGCCGGUAGAGAAGCCGAAGGAAGAAAGUAUUGAUGUAAUGGAUGUUCUGGGAGGAACUGGUGUUAAUUUACGCGAGGAAGAACAAUACACGUUUCAACUAUAUAAUGAAUCGUUUAACAGUAUGGUCACUGGCUCACAUUCAGGAACAAUAUCUUCAAGCUAUAGUUUCACCCAAUUUCCACCUUCUGAUGAGGCUUCUUUCUAUGGUGCCGGUCCUGCCAAUGCGAUUGGAGAAAUUGAUACCAAAUCUCAAGAUGAAUACAUUCAGAAAGCAGCCGAUAAGGCGUGGAGAGAUGCAGCGCGAAAUCUCCAUGUAUCAAGGCAACGCGAGCUAGACAAUCCAUUUUUACAUGUGCAUCUAGUACAUGCAAAGUUACGGAAAAUGGCGUCUGAACAUGGAAUAGAAUUAAAUACAGAUAACAAGGGGAUGAUGGGUAUUAUGACCCGUCCGCACGCAUUUUCAGAGAGAGAUAUGAAAGUACAAACGGCUGUAGGCCCCGAUGGGAUUUUAGUGACAACCAACGGUAACUUUCUCCCGUACGACUCAAUGCUUGUUGACCAACUCGCUCUUCUUUCUAUCGCCACCAAAUACCGUUUACAAGGGCUUGUCGAAGAUGCUAUUAAGCUUGCUAGGGGUCGAAGAACUGGGGCUCAUGGAUCAAUACCUCAGGAGUGGACAGAUAUUGUAGUUCCCUAUAAUUAUGAAGGAAGCACAAAUGCCAGCGAAGACGGCGUACGGUUUGGUUGGGAGAGUGCCGUCAGCCCAUAUCCAAAUCCUUUAAAGCGCUCUUUGUCAAAUGCUGAGAGGUCCCUCACCUCAGGAAAAAUUACCAACGAAGUUAUCCUCGCACUGAGGCGCCAGGCGUUAAAGGAGCGUGAGGCUGAAGAAACUCGAUUAAGAAAACGCUUGGCUCGUACAACUGGAGUCAACCCUAUCAGUAGACAAGCUUCAGUUGCACCUGGUACCCCUGGUUCUGUUGCGCCUGAAGCGAUUGAUAAGGUGCCAACAAAGAAGGAACAGAAAAAAAAGGUCGAGGCCAAGGUCAACGAAGCUGCUAGUCACGCAGCAGCAAAUGUAACCACAGCUCAGUUUCUGGGAGGCGGUGGAGGGUUAUUUGGAAAAAAGAAAAAGUAUAGCUGGAUGAAUCCUGCGCCAGGGGGUGGUUCUAGCUCCUCCAAGCGUAUCGGAGCGCAGGGCAGUCCUAAUACAGGAGGAAUUAGCAAUGCUCCUGUAGAAAGACUCACCGUAGACGGCGCAAGGAGGCUAGGCACGUGGCGUGAAGAUCGAGAAAAGGGAGCAGGCGUUCAGCUCCGCGACUGGAUCACUGUCCUUGAACAAGAUGGGCAUGAAAAGAAAGCCUUGCAAAUCGCAUAUAUGAAUCUUGACAACUCUGACCCAAAGUAG